AUGUUGGCUUCAUCCGAUGCAAUUCACACUCCGGACAAAUUGUGUAGUGGACGUCGCACGUCGUUCCUCAUCAGAGAUAUAUUACCGGACACUAGUGCUAGUUCGGCUUCUAUCGAAGUGGAUAAAAUACCCUCUACUAAUCUAUGGGAUUCCAGGCCUUGCGAACAAGCAUUUCUCUUCGCUUCCAGAAAUCCUCUGGAGAAGAGUGUUUGCGCCAACGCUCUACCUCUCUGUUGCCUCAACUGCUCGCCCACCUGGCAUACAGCACUUCCCGAACUAUCUUAUCCUCUAUUAUCCGCAACUAGCGCAUCUCCUCCUCAAGUCCUUCCUCAAGUUGGCGUCACUUGGAAUCCUACAACAGUUCAAGCUUUCGUUCCUCAAACUUCUUCUAUACCCGAACCUCAAGAGAACCAACAGAAAACUGAAAAAUUGAACUCGGCUACAAGAAAGGUGCGAAGGAAUCGUACCGUUUUCACUGAAUUGCAAUUAAUGGGAUUGGAACGAAGAUUUGAUUGUCAAAAAUAUCUUUCGACACCCGACAGAGCCGAAUUGGCCCGAGCUCUAGGCCUGACUCAACUUCAAGUCAAGACUUGGUAUCAGAAUCGUAGAAUGAAAUGGAAGAAACAGCAGGUAAUGCAAGGCGGAUGCACGGUUCCUCCUACAAAACCGAAAGGGCGACCAAAGAAGAACUCGAUUCCAUCGUUGAACGAAUCGCAAGGGAAGAGCGUACCUUCCAUGGGUGAUAAGAAGUGUCACUCGCCUUUCUCUCCCUACGCCUCGUCCGACGUGAGAGAUCUCUACUAAACGGUUCCUAUAGAAGAUCAUCCUACUUUUUCAUAACCUCGCAGGUUAGACCAGAUACGGAAUGGUUGGCUGUGAUUGCCAAGUUCCUCUUUCGCUCAUCUCGGAUUUGUUCCUCUCCAAUCACAACCAAUUGAUUCGAAAACGUGUCCAACACAUUCAGAGAUUCUGUCGAUGUUUGUCGAUUUUCUUAAAUAAAUUUCGUGUUAUUGUCCUCGACGUCUUCCUGUUUUAUACUGCCAAUUACCCAUUGUAGAAUUACGAUUCGCGUCGAUGCACGCUGUAGGAGGACGUUUCGGC